AUGAUCGAGACCUCGUAUCUCUCCGUGAGUGCGCUGUCCACCCCCGAUCCAAACCCAGGCGGCGGCGGGGAUGUCCAUCUCCUCGGCAACAGACAACAGCAACAGCCCGAUAUUCUGGUCGGCUUCGCAAUCCUCUCCGACUCUCCGCGGGCCGGUCUCUCGGAAGACUGGCUGGAAUGGUUCUCCGAGACUCACGCUCCCGCGGAUGCCGAAGUGACCAUGACGAACACCCUCUGGAUGGACUUUGCGGUUGCCGUUAGCGCCGCUCGGGCGUCUGGCGUGGUAAGCGGUGUCGCUGUCGGUAGGGAGGAAGUGGGCGACAACAACGCUGUGGCGUGCCGGGGGGAAGAAGCCGAGGAAGAAGAGGCAGCCGGCAUUCUCGAGGACAUCGUUCGAACCGUAUUCAACACGCUCCCAGAAAUCGACUACCUCGUCAUGAGUUUGCCGGGCGACACGAGCACCGGCGGCAAAGGCAGUAAGAAGGGGGCCGGGACAGCAAGCAUACCGACGCCGGGAUACCUCUUGCGCGCGUUCCAGGUGCUCAGCAGGCACGCGGAUGCGUCUCCCAAUAACCUGGACGAGGCCUACGGGACGCCACGGCUGCUGCUGUGCGACCGCAUGGCCUUUCUGCCAACUCUUGCGGUUCGGCCGGCGUGCGUAGAAGAUCACGACGACCUGAUGCCCGUGUUCGCGGCGCAGAGCGACCUCCUCAGCGCGACGUACGGCGAGUUCUUCUUGGCGGACAUGAUCGAGCUGCAGGACAACGAGAACAAGGCGCUAGCGGCGCUGGUGCAGGGCCGCGCGUGCGGCCUGCUGGCCACCUCGAGUGACCUCGAGCUCGGGCUACUCCAGAGCUGCUUUCAACUGGACGACUACGACCACCUCGUGAAGAUACCUCAAGACAUGCGCGCGAAGAAAACGGCUCGACGCCGUAAAACGUCCGGAGGGGGGGUUGCCGCCGGCGGGGGCAACGCCAGCGGCGGCGGCGGCGUCGACGGCGAAGAAGCCGCCAGCGAGGCUCCGCGGGUCCUCAUCCUGGGACCUCCGGGGGCGGGGAAGACGACGCUGGCAGUCGCUAUGGCGGCAAAAUACGGUAGCGUGCUGGUGUCUGUCGACGCAGAGGCCAAAGCGGCGGCGGACGCGGGCUCCGAGCAAGGCGAGCGCGCGAUGAAGCUCCUCGACGCCGGGGAAGUUCUUCCGUCCGAGAUGGUCUUGUCUCUUGUGGCGACCAAGCUGGCGAGCCGGGAGUGCCAGAAGAGUGGCUGGGUCUUGGAGGGGGUCGGCACCGCAGCGGCGGGUGUUGACGAGCUGGAGGAGGCCAUCGUGAUGGCCACCGAGGUACUCGCAAUCGCAUGA